AACGAAAGUAUCAACCAAUGAAAGCUCGUCUAUUGUCUAUCUCAACUGAUAGGGGGUUCUCAAUUGAAUGGCCCAACAUGCAAGUACCAGAAGCUGAGGUUCUCGUCUUGAAUUUUCAGACAAAGUCGUACUCAUUACCUAAAUUUGUGGAGCAAAUGAACAACUUGAAGGUUAUAGUAAUCGCAAAGGACGAUUACCAGAGCGCUGAUAUAAGUAAUUUUGAACUAUUGGGUUCAUCAUCUAAUCUGAAGAGUGUAAGAUUAGAAGGCAUCUCAAUUGCUUGCAUAACAAGGAAGCCGAUGCAAUUGAGUAGUCUAAAGAAGAUCUCUCUCUACAAGUGUGUCAUUGGUCUAACUUUCAGCAACGAAGUUGUAAAAAUGUCUGAUGCAUUUCCAGUCCUAGAGGAAAUGAAUAUUCAAGAGUGCAAAUAUUUGGGAAACUUGCUUCCGGAGAUUUGUGAUCUGAUUCAGCUAAAGAAACUCAGUAUCACUGAUCAUUCUGAUAUAGAAGCCUUGCCUGAAGAAUUUGGAAAUUUGGUGAACAUAGAAGUACUGAGGUUAAGGUCCUGUUAUGACCUUUUGAAGUUACCAAUCUCAAUUGGAAAUCUCAAAAAGUUAAAACUUCUUGACAUAUUUAACUGCAUCAGCAUCACGGAGUUGCCUCCAUCCAUUGGUGAAUUGAGCAGUUUAAGAAAGUUGAACAUGAAAUGGUGCUACAAAAUUAAAAAACUGCCUCUGUCAGUUUUGUUGCUUGAUCAGUUAGAGGAAGUGAUAUGCGAUGAAGCUACAAAACCUUAUUUAUGGGAUCUCUUUUCGAACGCUCUCAGAAACACGCGCAUGGUGGCUACAUGAACCAAAUUAGUAAGAAUUUUUCAGUGAAGGCUAGAGCAGCCUAUAUAUGUCGCAUUUUGGU